AUCUUCAUCAGGAGGCUGUUAAUAAAUGGGGUGGUCUGAAUCUAAGGAACUUGUUGGGGAUCGUCGUUUUACUUUUGAUGGGUAUCUCUCUUCUGUUUUCAAUUUCUGCGAUUCUUAAGGACUCACCUAGUGAUAGAAUGUGGGCUUUUGCUGAAGCUAGGGUUCUUGAAGUACAUACAAAAGAAGGUCGAGUGAAUGAUUUAUCUCGGAAAAUUGACAUCCCUAAAGAUUACUUACUUGACGGCCUUUUAUCUCCCGAUUUCAACAAAAGGUCUUGUCUUAGUAGAUACCAAUCAACGUUAUAUGGUAAAGGGUUGAGUCAUAAACCAUCCUCUUACCUUAUUUCAAAACUUCGCAAAUAUGAAUCUCUCCACAAAAGAUGCGGCCCAUACACAAAAUCUUACAACGAAACAAUCAAACGCCUCCAAUCCAGCCAAGAUUUCACUUCUUCCGACCCUUCAGACUGUAACUAUUUAGUAUGGAUUUCGUUUAGUGGUUUGGGAAAUAGAAUACUUACUCUAACUUCUGCAUUUCUCUACGCUCUACUCACGAAUCGAGUCCUACUUGUCGAUAGAGGAGCAGACAUACCCGACCUCUUCUGCGAACCCUUUCCUGAAACCUCAUGGCUACUUCCUAAGGAUUCUCUUCUGGGUAAUAAUGGUUUCGAUAGUUUUAAUCAAAAGUCACCUCAAAGUUAUGGAAAUAUGCUGAAGAAAGGUGUUGUUUUGAAUCAGUCUUCUGUCUAUGUACAUUUGGUACAUGAUUAUGACGAUCAAGACAAACUAUUCUUCUGUGAUCAAGAUCAGAUGUCGCUAAAUGCUGUGCCUCUGUUGAUUAUGAAGACGGAUAAUUACUUCGUUCCAUCUCUUUUCUUGAUCCCGUCUUUCGAGCGAGAACUCGACCGUCUCUUUCCGGUAAAGGAAACCGUCUUCCACUUCUUGGGCAGGUAUUUGUUCCACCCAACGAAUAAAGUAUGGGGGUUUAUUACUAGAUACCAUCGUGCUUACUUGGCGAAAGCGGAUCAGAAACUCGGAAUUCAAAUAAGAGUGUUUGAUUCUGGCAAUGGCCCGUUUCAACACGUUUUAGACCAGAUCUUGUCUUGUACAAGGAAGCAGAAUCUCCUUCCCAAUAUGAUCAGUACAGAAGAAGAAGAAGAAGAAGAACACGCCUCUAACCCAAAGACGAAAGCAGUGUUGAUUACUUCUUUAAGCUCUGGGUAUUCUGAACGAAUGAGAGACGUUUACUGGGAAAACCCGACUAGUAAUGGAGAGAUUGUUGGUGUUUUUCAGCCUAGCCACGAAGAAUAUCAACAAACGGAGAAGCAAACACACAAUGUGAAGGCAUGGGCAGAGAUGUAUUUGCUGAGUUUGAUGGAUGAGUUAGUGACGAGUUCAUGGUCUACGUUUGGUUAUGUUGCUCAGGGGCUUGGAGGGAUUAGACCUUGGAUCUUGUACAAGCCAGAGAAUCGAACGACUCCAGAUCCUCCAUGUCAGCGUGCGGUUUCGAUGGAACCUUGUUUUCACGCCCCUGCUUUCUACGAUUGUAAGAAGAAAGUGGGUGCGGAUACAGGUGCUAUGGUGGCUCAUGUGAGACACUGUGAAGAUAUGAGCUGGGGUCUUAAGCUGGUUGAUCCUCCUGCACAUUGAAAUUUUGUAAGUAACAAUUUAGAAGCAGCACUAUUGUUUGUUAAUGAAAUUACUAUUAGUUUGCAGUAAAUAUGGUCCUUAAAUCUCAAAUUUAUACAUUUUCAUAAUCAGAGAAUUGGUAUUUGUUGAGUCUUUCUAAAGAUGGAGAAUAUAUUCGAAAACUCAAUCCAAUGUAAAGGAUUACCAAUGGGAGAUAAAGAGCUGACAUUCAAAAGUCUCCAGUAAUUUUGUUACUUCAACUCAUUUGUUAGGUUUGGUUGGGUUCUCCUUUUUUUCCGAUUUCGUUUCAGUUCAAUUGUUAAAUCCAAGAGACAAGUGUCCUGCUCCUUCAUCAAAUGUCUUCAGAAUUGAAAAGUUGCAGUGAUCCUUCAUGUGGAUUAUAAGAUCUCUUGGAUCAAGCUUAUUGAACAUGGAAAAGGGAAUCAGAUGUCCUUUUGGAAUUUUUUUGUGGGUUUCUGUGGCUUGACUUAGCAAACUGUUCGAGCUGCAACUCUUGAUCAUAUUGUGAUUAAACAACAUUUUAUUGUUUUGAAUCCUCAUUUUCUAUUGUGAUUGUC